CAAAACAUCACAACAAAAAAACCUAGCAUUUAUUACCAAAAUGUCUCAUGAAAAUGAUGCUCUCUUGUGGGAAAACCAAUCAUGGGCAAACUUGUCAAAUGAUACUUCCGGUAAUUCCGGUGGCGAGAAGGCGGUUUCAUUGCCGGAGCAGCCAAAGGAGGAGAAGGAGAAGGAGAAGAAACGGGGACGAAGCGCACUGAAGAAAGAGAAGGGGGUAAAGGGAGAGAAGAAGAAAGAAGGAGAGACAUCGGAUCAUAUGCACAUAUGGACUGAGAGGGAGAGAAGGAAGAAAAUGAGAAAUAUGUUCUCAGAUCUUCAUGCUUUGCUCCCUCAACUUCCUCCUAAGGCAGACAAAUCAACAAUUGUUGAUGAAGCAGUGAACUACAUAAGAACCCUAGAAUCCACACUCUUAAGGCUUCAAAAACAGAAGUUAGCUGAGACAACAACCAACCCACUCCUCCUAUUGGAGCCCUCGGUCGCGGCCUCGUCGAGGUUGGCUAUGUUCUCUUCAAGGGAGACAUUCAUGGCUGACCAAGUUUAUUCUAUCAACAACAACUCGAAAAAGGUACAUACGAACACCACCUUCUCCACCACGGCUUCUCGCCUUCCGGUGGCAAUACAAACGUGGGGGUCUAACAAUGUGGUGCUUAGUAUUUGUGGCGAUGAUGCAAUAUUUGCGAUUUACGCACCAAAAAGGCAUGCUCUCUUUAUUACUAUUUGUUGCGUUUUUGACAAGUAUCAAAUUGAGACUAUUUCGGCUCAUAUUUCUUCGGAUGUUGAUCGGACUCAUUUCAUGAUUCGGGCUCGUGUUGAAGAUGGGGCUGUUGAUCAGUUAUCAGAACUAGUUACCGUGGAACAAAUAUACAAGCGCGCAGCUGCAGAAUUAGUGUUGUGGGUCAACUAAUUUUUAUGUCGAUCACAACCAAUCAAGGAGAGAUACAUGAUGAGAAAUAUUUCUUCUCAUUCUUCAUCAUUCAAACUCUAGCUUUAUUAGCUUUUUCAAAAGGAGAAACCCUUU